AUGGCCGCCCAACGCCAGGCCUCCUCCGCCUCCCAAACGCCCCUCAUCUCCCCAGCAGAGCUUUCCUACCUCUACACAUCACUAUCUCUCCCAGACGGCCCUAUCCGCCCCGAUGGCCGCUCGCCCACGCAAUUCCGCCCAUUGACCGCAGAAACAGACAUUCUGCCGGGCACCAACGGUAGCGCGCGCGUUGGGUUCGCCGACGGUACGCAAGCCAUCGUGGGUGUGAAGGCUGAGGUGGAAAAGACCGUUGUUGCGGCCGAAGCACUGAAUCUAUCGCAAAAAACGCAGGAAGAUUACGCCGAUAAUGAAGGCGGAGAGGGCCAGAAAACAUCCAGUCAUGGCCAUGGCUCGUGGGUGCAGAUGUCUAUUGAGAUCCCGGGGUUUCGGGAUGAUGAUGCCCUCCCGGUUUUCUUGUCGGAGAUGAUGCGCGAGCCGCUUGUUGAGUCGGUCGCUGGAGGCGAUGGAAAGGGUGAGGAUGAGAUGGCUGGGGGGUUGAAGGGGAGGUUGGUUAUUAAUAAGAGGUGGCAUUGGAGGUUGUAUAUUGAUGUGCUGCUGCUGUCGCAGCCUCUUUCGUAUCCGCUGCCGUUGCUGUCUUUGACGACUCAUUUGGCUCUUUUGUCGACUAAGCUGCCUAAGCUCAAGUCCAAGGGAGAAGAAGAUCCCUUCUUCGAUGAUGAUUGGAAUGCCGCUGAAUAUCUAUACCCCCGCUCGCAGUCUGGGCCUCGCCUAUCUUCUACGAAGCAGGUCCGGCCUCCCGUGACGCUGCUUGUUAUUUCAGUGGGCGAUAAUGUCAUCUUUGAUCCUAACAGGGAGGAAAUCACUGUCGCGGAUACUGUUCUGGCUGUUUCUAUCACCCAGGAUAGUGACUCGGAUGGUCUGAAACUACUUUCUAUUCGCACAGUCGACCCUCCGUCCCGUCUUACGCAGCCGGGUGUGUCGAACUCGGAGAAUGUGGCGACACUGGGUUCCACAGCAGCUGCGGAAGAGGCGGCCAUGACGGACCCGUCUACUGGCGAAGAGGUCGCGGGCGUUUGGAGACCCCGACGGGGCGGUGUCAAGCGGCGCACGAUUGCAAAGAUGCUCAAGCUGGUCUUGCAGAAGGGAGGUGUUGGUGAAGAGGUCCUUGAGGGUCUUGAGGGAGUCCAGGUGGGCUGA